AUGGGCUGUUCUAUAUGCUCUUGUGCGCCUCACUCCCGCCUUGCCCUUCACUGCCCGACAUGUGCCCGCAACCAGCUUUAUCAGCUUCGGAUUGAAACUACACGAGUCCUUCUAGAGAAAGAAGCCUUUGGGCGGCAGAUUGAGAAUUCUGUCACCUCAGCUGGUUCCAGCACUCAGGUUGAAAGCCAACAAGAGUCUCUGAAUCCGAAAAAGAUAGGCUCCCCUCACUGGGACCUCCAGGCGAUAAGCAGCCGGCAUAGCGAGUCUUUGGCGAAACGGGAGCUUCUUUCAGAGCAACUCGAAGCUUUGAAAUCAGACAUCAGGGCCAAGAAGGCUGAAAUUUUGGAACGUAAAGAACUUCUGGCCCGCAGGCGCUCAGAUGCCGAAUCUGCAAUGUACCAGCUUGAAGAUCGCGAGAACGCAAUCGUUACGGGUAUUCAGAACACCAGUAAAAGAACGGAGCAUGUCUGGCACUCUCUGCACAGCAGGACUGCCGAGUCCCGGAUCUACCUAUGUCGGGAAGUCGCCAAUCUUUAUGGGCUACGAAAGAAGCCUAAAAAGGGCCAGGCUCGAGAGAUAUAUGUGUUGGGAGGCGGCUCUAUCAUCGACUUGAGAGACAUGAAUGGUGUCCCUCCAGAACAGAUAUCUACAUCCUUCUCAAACAUCGCUCACCUUGUCAUUAUCGUCUCUCAUUAUCUCUCGUUGAGACUUCCCGCCGAAAUCACAUUACCCCAUAAAAACUACCCUGCGCCUACGAUAUUUACCCCUUCAUCGUCAUACCGCUCACACGAUUCCCACGAUGGAGCAAAUAUUCAGUCGUCCUUAAGUCCCGCAGCUUCAAGAACGAUGGAUCCACGCACCCAUACCCCACGUCCGCGACCGCUUUUCAUCGACAAAUCACUACCCCGAUUAGCUAAGGAAGACCCUGCAACAUAUGCCCUGUUUUUGGAAGGGACUACGCUUCUGGCUUGGAAUGUUGCAUGGCUUUGUCGAACCCAAGGUAUCAAUGUGCAAUCAGACUCAUGGGAAGAGGUGUGCGAUAUUGGUGAAAACUUAUGGCAACUACUGGUUGCUCCACCGGCUCCUCAUUCGACCUUGAUGCGAGCCUUUGCUGGCCGAGAUACACAAUCACAGAUGAAAUCGGCCAGAGACUCGCCCAAGACAAUCAUUCAAAGGCCAAAAUCCUUUGCCAUGUUGGGCCAUUACUCCCAUGGCACGGCGCAUUCAUUCUUGGGAGCAUCGGAAGGAGUGGACUUUAUGCGCAUGUGGAAACUACCAACUCCUACCAAGAUUGUAGACAAAUUGAAGUCCAACCUUCUUGGGGAGAUGGUAAGUGCAGAGUGGGAAUUGCUCGAGGAGAAAGAAUGGGACGAUGCAGUAACGGAACCCCAUCAACCAUCACUCCCACAAAGCCCCAGAACUCUUGCUCCUGACUCUCAAUCCGGGGUCAGAGAGGAGACGAGUGACGGAAAGUCCACUGCCAGUUCAAAAACACGAUCUAGCUCUGUAAGAAAUCCAGGCAACAAAGACAUCCCAAGCUCCCCACGACCUAGAGGUACCAAAGGCUGGACCAAAGUGGGCAAUAGAUGA